CCAGAACAAGCGCCUCAUAUAUAUAAUCAGGUAAAUCUGGAAAUGGAAGUGUUCAUGAGGAGACAUGGAGCCCGGCAACAUCAUAUUUACACUGAUACUCCCCGCCGCCAUCCUCCGCGCGGGUUGCACGGCGCUCGCGGACGAAGCUCGAACCUACACGCACGAGGACGAAGCCACGGGGCGGGUGCUCACCUGCGACCGCUGUCCUCCGGGCUCGCACAUGCGCGCGCACUGCACGGCGACGCGCCGGACGCAGUGCUCGCCCUGUCCCGCGCACCACUUCACGCAGUACUGGAACUACCUGUCCAAGUGUCUGUACUGCAGCGCGUUCUGCGGCGAGAACCAGUUGGUGCAGCGGGAGUGCUCGCCGGUGCACAACCGGGUGUGCACGUGCAAGCAGGGCUACUACAAGCGCGCGGACUUCUGCGUGAAGCACGCGGAAUGCCCGCCUGGAUAUGGAGUCAAAGUGCCGGGAACAGCCGACAGGAACACGCAGUGCGAGAAGUGCGCGCCCGGCAGCUACUCCUCCAAGACCUCCUCGAGCGACGCGUGCGCGCGCCACACGGACUGCGCGACACGCGGCCUUCGGCUGCUCCUCAAGGGCAACGUGUGGCGUGACAACCUGUGCGUCUCCUGCGAAGACCUGCAGCCUAGAGGUGGGUUGGAGAUGCUGAAAAAGAUCCUGCCAGACUUCCUUGCUCGCCAGAAAGUGAAGAGGGACAAACUGAUCCGGUUUGUGCGGCGGUCGCUGCCGCUGCAAAAGGAGGUCCGUCAGUCCAGCCAAACGCAGCUUCUGGGCCACAUCAGCACGUGGAUACGAGAUGCAGGAGAGGACGAGCUGAAGAGCCUUCCUGGGAUGCUGAGGGCCUCAAGACUCCACCAUGUGGCACAUAAACUGGAGAGAAUGAUAAUGACUGUGGAGAAAGCUGGUGGCUGUGUCAAUUCUCAUUAACUGUACUGGUUUUGCAUGCUGAUUUGUCUAGCAAGUAUACUUCAAACACACACUGUGGCAGCUAAUUUACCAUUUCAAAUGUUAUGUAUUUCCCGGUAGAGCUGAUGAUGUAUUAUAUUUGUACCCUGAGCAUUUCAG